UAUCUCAUAUCUUUUCAAAAGAAAACUAUAAAAAGUUUAAUGCAUUAUCUUUAAUUCAUUAUCAACUUGAAACUACGAAUUAUCACAGUGUCAGUUUAGUCUAAAACAGGUAUGCUUCUUCAGUUGCAGGAAAUCGUAUCUGAGUUCGCUUCUUCAGAUAGCUCAUCAUCUCAGGACAGCACUGCAACAAAAAACACGGGCCUGGAAAAAAUACCAGCUGAGCAGGAUGAGACUUCUGUGCCACGUUUUGAGGAAACUGUGAUUAAUGGCCAAAAGUUUUCAUUGAUUCCAACAAGACUUGUUAAAUAUGUCCCUACAUCGGAAAUCAUAACUGAUGAUAUUGUUGGAGUAGGACAUGUUGAUGUGGGUAGUGAAUUUGUGUACGUGCCUGCAUAUUUCCUGCCACAGAUGAAGGCACUUCUUUCCAGGAGCAUCGACCUACAGCGUGAGGUGACCCUUUUUAGGGAACUGUUGUGGUCAAAGUACGGCCACAAUGAUCAGCAACCACCUUUUGACCCAGAGGCUGUCAAGGUAAUGCGCCAAGAUGCAGGAGCAACCGGCAUUUUCCAAACUCUUCUAGAAGUCAUGUCUGUCCAAGAACAGACACCAAGUAAACUGCUUCAGAAUGAGAAGAAGGUUGUUGCUGCUCUCUAUAUGCUUGUCUUUGGCCAGUCACAAAAAGCAAGCUGUUUCCAAAAAGUACUAUCGCAACGAGUAGUAGGAAAAGGGAUAAGUGAGACAGGACUAUCCAUUCUCAAUAAAAGUGGAAUGAGUGUCUCCAAAUCAACUCAAAAGAGAGAACGGGUGAAACUGUCAUUCAACCAUGAUAAAGCUGUUUCAACAUUUGUAUCUGAAGCUGUUGAAAAAAAAGAUCUUCUGGUUCUUAUGAUAGAUGACUAUACAAAUAUUCACACAAAGAGCCCUAAUGAUGCUGAAACCUCCACUGCAAUUAGUAUGGCAACUAUUCUCUUAAAGAGAUUUCAGGGUGUUCCAGCCAUUCCAUCUCUUUUUCCAACAACAAAUCCAAAGGUUGUCGACUCUGCUCUCUUGGAACAAAUUCUGUAAGAAAACAUCUCUAACUUAUCAAGUACUAAUGCCUCUGUCAUGCCACACUGGAUCCGAACAAUCUUGUUUGACCCUGAGAUGGAAAGAAAACGAAUGGAGGUUAGAAAACAGUCUUUUUGCAGAUAUAUAUUAUCUUUAUUUAACUUGAAUACAUAUCAACAUAACAUGUUUAAUAUACAUAUUAACAAUGCUUAUAAAAAGAUAUUUUGAAUUAUUGGUGACAUUUUGAAUCAAAGCUAUUUUGCGCUUGAUUCAUUUUUUGCUUCAAACAUUUUUAAUCUAAAUCACUGUCGGUUUCAAUUUUGAUACACCAAAAAUACAGUAACAUCGUCAUGUAUAGCCGUUCUUACAGAUAAACUUCAUACGGAUAACCUGAUAAAUGCCACUUCCCUCUGACAAAAUUUACAAACCUGCCAAAUUUCAGCUUUGAAAAUGAGUGAAUAUUUUAAAAGUAAGGGAAAAUGUUUGGUCGUCAUAAGCGGAUCUUUACCGAUCCAGAACAAAUCUUGACUGCCACACAAUCAAGAGUAGGGUCCAGGGGCGCAGUCUCAGAAACCUUUCUUUUGCCACGCCCUUUAGUUCUUCAGAAACGACUUUUUUAGCAGAGGCGGGUUAGGGACUAAGAAGGCUUUGUUUUUCGCCAUUCUGUUCAGUUUUAAUCGAGAAAGAAUUUAUACCGGUACAUAAUCAUGAAAUAUAUCAAUCUGGUGCGCAACUGAGGAUCAGGAGUGCAAAGGAAGGAAUGCAGGCGUACGAGCAAGCGGAUCGCCGUAGUAUAACUGCUAUCCACUCUGACCGCUCCUCCAGCUCUGACCUGCCGGAUGAGGAUGAGGUUAAACACUUUGGCAAAGUAUUUUUGUGACAUGGUUCUAUGAUAUUAAAACUACAAUGCCUGCCAAAAGUCUUGGAACACUGACGUCAAUUUCCAAGGUCAAAGUCAAUCAUCCCCCCUCCCCUACAGAACAAUGUUGGUUUACUAUCAAAAGGGUUAGGAUUUUGGGAAGCACAUUCUUUUGCUCUUCUUUUAUGAUAUUUUUCUAAAUUAUUAACAAUGUUUUAAGGGAAAAGAGGCGGAAGUAGUAAUUGUUUUCCGGGAAAGGAAUGAAAAUGUCAAACCGUAUCAGGGAACAGAAAUUCGAGAAUUAGAGAAAUUCAAGUUACUAAAUUUUCUCUUAAUGACCUAAUUUUUUUCCCGAUUUUUCAUUACCCAACUGGUACUUGCCUCACUUUGCGAAUUCUCUUUUCUACGCUUCAGAUUAAAUCAUUACAUAUUUACAGUUGUUGGUAAAGUUUAGAAUAAAAAUUCUGUC